UUUGGUAAGGGCAACUCGUGGAAAAGACAGGUCGAUGAAUCAUGGUGAACUCGUAAUCGUAGAAAUGUGUAAAUACCACGUAACGCUGACAGUGUUCGUGCUCGCCACGAAGUAACAGAAUACCGAUUCGUUCAUUCAGAAAAAUAAUUAAUCGUACCCGUGAUCAGCGAUGUGCAAAAUUCUAAAUGAAAGAUGAACAAUAAUUUCGUUACAUCUCGCCUUAUAACUAAAUUAUUGUGCCAAAUCGAUACGAACGAACAUCGCGAAUAAAUUAUCAUAGGUAUGGCUUAUCGAUUAUCUAUUAUUCGAGUAAAAUUCUCCCAUCUCUGCUCGUGGUGACCAGUAUUCGAACAAUCGUGGCACGAUCGUCGAUCUCGUCGAAUGAUCGACAAAAUUCGUGCUGAACGGGACUCGGGGAACGAAAAAUGAUAUAUUGAACGUCGAUCGGAACCCAUGCUCGAAAGUGAUCGGUUUCACGAGGAAACGGAACACGUAAAUCGCAGCGGGACGGUGACGUAACAGAAAAACGAAGCAACGGAGUCGUCGCAUAAAUUAUGGUAAUGAAACGCGUCAAGGAAUACCGCCCGGGGACACGUAAGUCUAGUUUUACUUUGGGGUAUUGCAUUCGUCGUGGCGAUUUUAAAAAUUCAAAUUAACAUCAACAUUAUUAGGAAUAAAUCUCUUAGACGUAUCUGCAAUCUCGACAAGCUAUAUACAACUGAUACUCCAGCCCUCUUGAGUGUAUACUUAUCUAUAAUAAUGAUAAUAGUGCAAUUAUUAGUAACAACUAUUAUCUGUAAUAAUAGUGAAAUACGUAUUUCAUUAUUAUUACAGGUAAGUGUACAGGAUGAUCGAUCAUGGAUCGCGAAUACAGCUUGAAAUUAAUGUACAGUACGAUACAAGCAGUUUUUUUUAUCGUAAAGAAAAGGAAAAGGAACAAAGUCGUUUAAUAUUUUCUGCAAAAAAUAGGAAUAAUUCUAAUCGAGUAAUUAAAAUUAGCUUAUCGGAUUUAUUUGUAACCUAUUAUCGUGAAAAGUUAUCUGCAGAUAGCAGAAUAACCAUUCAUCGAUCCGCAAAAACAUAAAACACUGUGCAGACGUCGAUGAAAAGAGGUCGAAACUAAACAGAUUAAUCGUCCGUCGUGUUGUAAUUCGCUUCGCUGCUGAAAACUUUUAAUUGCCAGCAAUCAAUUUCUAAUUAAUCAGCUUUAUCGUUCGCUGGAGAUACAGAUUUUGUUGUAGCAGAAUUUUACUGGUUUCGGAGUUCAGAUUUUACAACCAAAUUGUUAUUUCAGGAUUAAUGUACGACGCUAUCGCCACCAUUCGGUUGAAAUAUGGUUUUAAUAUGAUUUCGAACGUGAACGCACUUUUUAUCGAGAGCUAUCCGACCGUAAGAUAUUUUUAGUGGGAAUAUAACAGCUCGUUGUCCAAAACGAAACACGCGUUUCUACGUUGAUCCCAUGUACCACUGAUAGAAACUAUCGACUGGUACCAUAAUUAUUAUUUGCUGGCCUUUUUAAUCAGUAAAAUAAAUACAGUGUCUCGUCUAUCUUGCUCGCAUUAAAUAUCUCUGUAACAACCAUUACAUGAAUAAAUUUGUUUUCUUAUGAUCCACACCACCGUGUUAAUGAAAAUAUGGCAUCCCUUUAGAAAAAAAGUCGAUAACCUUGAAGUUUCAUAAAACAUGAGUAAUAAAAAAAUAUUUGCUUAUCAUAAUAUUUGCCCCAAUCGAACAAACGAUAUUUUUACGGAAGCACAACCAUGAUUUGCAUAAUGUUUCCUGACAGCAGGAAUAAAAAUAAAUUCUGCACCGUUCUGGAAUAAUGCAUUUCGCGGAGCCCGUUCUAAACAUCCUGCGCCAUUAAAUUAUGUUUUCGCGCGUUCGUGAAAUCUGUAUCAGAGGCGAAAAUAAAUCGAAGACGUAAAUCGCUGGAAACAAAUCUAAAUCUGGUCUAUGAGAAUGUACGCGAUAAUAAACCAGACUGUGAAAAAGAAAACAAGCAAGAGUAUAAAAAUCGAAAAAAACGUCUGGAUCGAUUCAGUUUAAAGUCAAGGUUCCUAAUCUCGUAGCAAAGAGAGGCGUAAGUACGUAACGUGCACGGACACCGAACAAAUAAACGAUAUUUUCAGGCGUUCAUCAGAAGUAUGCGUCGGAAUCGUGUUAUGGGACUCCGCUGAGAAAAACCCGCAGUUAAAAUGGAGUUCUGCAAAGGAUACGAGUUUCUGCGCGUGUUACCAAGGCCCGCGAGGCGAAUCGUGUGGAAAUGGCGAACGAAAAAUGGCACGAUCGCGCGGGUCGCCGAAAACGAUCCCACCGACGACUGUCUGAUCGAGAUUAUCAACAUCUUCGUUCCUACGAUCGCCAUCCUCGUCGUCCUGAUCGCCAGCCUUCGACUCAAAUGCUACAAACCACGCAAAAUCGUCGGUGAACUUUUUCCGUUUCACGCGACCAGGACAUUGUUGUGCAUGUUGCUUCUAUUGGUACUUUUCACGGAGCUCUGCGAGUCCUUUCUGACGACCAUUUCGUUCUCGUCGAUCCUCGCGAUCCUCGCGGUCUUCUCUUGCUGGAUCCUUCAUCGGAGGACCGAGAUCAAUGGCGGCUACGGGACAGUCUUCACGGCCGGAAUUCUCGCCGCGAUCGGGUUGUCGCGAGCGUGGAAAUUCACCAUUUUGUCCGGGCACGGUCUGUCGAUCCAGCAUGUUCGAUUUGCUACAACAGCCAUCACUGCCGUUCUGUGCGGCUCCUUCGCCAUCUUGGAUUCUUACACGCUUUAUCUCACGACCAGACGAAAGCGAAGAUACUUCAUCAGGCGAGUCGAGGACGCCCGAACCGUCUACAGACACUCCGAUUCUACUUUCCUCAACAGGAUCACCUUCCAUUGGGUAACCAAACUGCUUUCGAAGGGCUAUGGCUUCCCUUUGGAGUUGCAAGACCUCGGGGAACUCCCCCAAGAGGAGGCCACCGGAACACAAUUCGCGAAAUUUCGAAGAAUUUACGAGGAACACAGGAAGGAUAAAAGGAAAUUGUCCCUUUGGCGAUGUUUUUGGAAGCAAGUAUGGUUCCCCUUCGCCAUUGGAGGCGUGCUGAAACUGUUAGGCGACGCCGCCACCCUCGUCGCUCCAAUGACGAUUUCUCGGAUCUUGGACUACGUUUCUGCCUCUCAAAAUGGCACCACGAGUCAUCGCUUUCGGGGCACCAUGACGUUCUCCGAGGUUCUCCAAAAUGGCUACUUCCUCGGACUGCUCGUGUUCGUCUUCGCCAUUCUGCAGAGCACUCUGAGCCAGGCCUCCACCCACAUUCUCUGCGUCGAGGGGAUCCGAUUGAAGACUGCUCUUCAGGCGUUGCUGUACGAUAAAGCUUUGCGUCUGUGCUCGUGGAGCAUCGACGAAGAGGAGAAUCCACAGACGGACAAGGAGAAAGAGCAACACAGGGGUUACCGAGCCGGUGACAUCGGGACCCUGACGAACCUCAUAUCGGAAGACGCUUACAACGUCAUGAGCUUCUUCUGGAUCGGACAUUACACCUGGGCCAUCCCGUUAAAGAUCACUGCUAUAGUCUUCCUGCUCUACACAAAGCUGGGCGUAAGCGCGAUCAUAGGUGCACUUUGCUGCAUAGCGAUAGUGACGCCGAUGCAACUGGUGCUUGGGAAAAAGAUGUCGGGGAAUUUCAAAUUCGUCGCUAAAGGAAGCGACUCCAGAUUGCGUCUGGUGAACGAAGUUCUUCAAGGAAAGAGGCUGGUGAAGCUCAGAGCCUGGGAGGACAUCUUCGAGAGGAAGAUAAGGAAAACAAGAAACGACGAGUUGAAGAUGCUGGACAGAGAUUCCUUUUACUGGACCCUUAUCAAUUUUCUUACCCACGCCUCCUCGGUUCUGAUGACGCUCUUCACUUUCGGCGCCUAUUUCUGGCUGGAGGAAAGAACCCUCGACGCUGGAAACGUUUUCGCGAGUUUGGCUCUGUUUUCCCAGCUCACUGUACCGCUUCUGAUCUUUCCUGUCAUGAUUCCUAUCGUCAUCAACGCUAUGAUUUCCACGACCAGAAUGGAAGAAUUCCUUCAGCUUCCAGAGAUCCAGAACGUCCUGCCGGAUCCUGGCGACAGAAAAAUGGACGUCGAGAACGAAUCGUCUCGGACGAACUCUGUGGACGAGAGUACUGUAGAAGCCACGAAGGUGCACAGCACCGCGACUUUCGGAUCGCUGGACAACAUCGAGGAGGACGAAGAGGAUGGCCAGUCCUGUUGCUUGAGGGAAUUCAAGCUCGACAUAGAUUCUUCCGUGGACACGGUGUUCGAGAACGAUUUGGAUAUACCGGUGCUUCGAAUGAAAUCCUGCACAUUUUGGGGCACGGACGAGUACCAGCUAUCGAUCGCUGGCCUCAGCUUUCCUCGUGGUCAAUUGACUCUUAUUGUCGGAAAGACUGGCAGUGGAAAGACUUCUUUGUUGCUGGGAAUGUUAGGGGAGAUCCAGAGCACCACUGGAACGAUCGAGUGGUCCAAAGGUUCGAGGAUCGCGUACGUGGCUCAGAAGCCUUGGCUGUUGAACGCUACUUUGAGAGACAACAUCCUCUUCGGAUCAGCGUACAGAUCGCGGAGAUAUCGAAACGUGUUGAAGGCUUGCGCCCUGCAACCGGACGUCGACAUACUUCCGGGCCACGAUUUGACACGAAUCGGUGAAAAGGGAAUAAAUUUGAGCGGCGGACAGAAGCAGAGGGUGACCAUAGCCAGAGCUCUCUACAGCGACGCGGAUGUCGUUAUCAUGGACGAUCCACUGUCCGCGUUGGAUCACCAAGUCGGUCGACAGAUCUUCGAUCAAGGAGUCAGAAAGCUUCUCCUGAGAAGCGGGCGCACAGUAAUCAUGGUCACCCAUCGUUUGGAAUUAUUGUCCAUGGCUCAUCAGGUGAUCGUUAUGGACGGUUGUCGAGUUCGAGCCGUGGGCACGAAGUCAACGAUCGAAGAAUCGGACCCGGAAUUGGCGACCGAAUGGAGGCAGGCUGCAACUAGACAGACUGAUGAACGUCGUAAUCAUAGAACUGCCAAGGACAGGUGGUCUCUGGUUAGACUGAUAUCUAGGAUCAGUAUUAACGUGAGGAACAAGCAAACCAGCGACGGAUCGUGGAUCACUGAUCAGGAUGCUCACGUAAAUCCACCUGUCUUCGUGCCGUUGAGAAUGCGACGAGGCAAUCUUUCCGGAUCGAGAUACCUGGCCCCCGAUCUCAUGGACCUUCCACUGCCCACGGAGGAGUGGAACAUCGCGAAAAAACCGUGCAAAUCUUAUGCAAACGCUGUUAGGUCCAGCAGCCUUCAACCUCGAAGACAGCCACCGCUCGUUCUUAGACAAAACAGCACUCCGACUAUACUCGAGAGUCAACACGUCGUUUCUAGGAAAAGGAACAAUACUUUCGACAAUGGACAGCCGAGCAACGUUUUGAGACAAAUAUUUUCUGGCAGAAUUGCCAAUGUACACCCUGACGAGACGUCGUCCAACAGGGAAAAAAGUGUCCUGCGUAGGUUGAUACCAUCCAGUUCCAACAGACAGGUUCAUUACAGUGUCAAGAAGGUCAACCAAAAUCUAGAACAUGACCAUUUCCCGAUCAAACGAUUGCUGUUGAAGGACUCCAGGGAAACCGACGAAUUCGACGAACAAAAAAAGAAAAUUUAUGGUAUGGAGGAGCACGAAGAUUCUUACGAGGACAGAAGCGGAAUAGUCACGAGAACGAUUUGCAUGGAUUACACGAAAGCUGCUGGUUGGAUACCAGGAUUAAUUUACAUAGGGGUUGCAAUUUUCUGUCAGGUCCUUCGAGUUUACACGGACCUUUGGCUGAGUCGAUGGACGGAUCAGAACAACGAGAAUUUCGGCCAGGAAGACCAAGAUACACUGUUCUACUUCAAAGUCUACAUAACCCUUUCCAUGGGCUCCAUACUUCUAUCUUUCGUAUGCAACGUCGUGGGACAAUGGACGGGAGCCAGGGCGAGGAGAAAGUUACAUGAAGAAGCUAUUUCCAGGCUACUGAGAGUGCCAAUGUCUUUUUUCGAGCACGAUCCCGUUGGUAAAAUUUUGAACAGAUUCAGCGCCGACAUGGGUGUCAUCGACAAAAAAAUAUCCACGUCCAUCCAAAGAUUGACGUUCUUCGUUCUGUUGUGUGGAUCCGCGAUCAUAGUGAACGUGAUUAUAUCACCGUGGUUCCUCGUCGCUGCUCUUCCCACGUGUGCUGCCUAUUACAUGGUUCAAAGAUAUUACAGACAAAGCGCGAGACAUUUGCAAAGAUUGGACGGCAGCACUCGAUGGCCAAUCGCCACGCACUUCUCUGAGACCCUCUGCGGCCUCCCGACCUUGAGAGCGUCGAAACAGGAAAACCGCUUCGUGGAGCAGGUGAUGGUCUGUCUGGACACCAACACGAACGCGUUUCUGCUUCUGAACGCGAGCAGUCGAUGGUUGGGAAUCGCGCUGGACUACCUAGGCGCAGUAAUCGUGGUCACGGCAACGUUUGCAGCGUUAAUUUCCGCACAACUGUACCCGAGUCGCGUGACCCCAGCUCUGGUUGGUCUCGCGAUUAAUUACACCCUCCUGGUACCGAUCUACUUAAAUUGGGUGGUGAAAUUCACCGCGGAGAUCGAGAUGUACAUGGGUAGCGUGGCGCGAAUUUCCGCGUACAGAUACGCUCCUACAGAAAACUAUCAACAAGAGGGCUUCCAGGUUCCGGACGAUUGGCCCAGGAGAGGCCAGAUCACCUUCGAGAAUGUUUCUCUGAGACACGAUUCGCAAAGGGAACCAGUUAUCUCGAAUCUGUGCCUGAGCAUUCCAGCGGGUCAAAAGAUCGGUAUUUGCGGGAGAACCGGAAGCGGAAAGUCUUCUACGGUGAUGGCGCUUUUUCGACUGCUGGAGAUCACUCAGGGACGCAUUCUGAUCGAUGGCGUAAACGUUAAUCAGAUUUCUUUGACCGUGCUGCGCUCGAGGCUCUCGGCGAUUCCUCAGGACGUGAUCAUGUUCAGUGGCACUGUUAGAGAAAAUUUGGACCCCCGUUCGGAGCACGAGGAUCGAGAACUCUGGGAUGCUUUGGAAGUAGCGCAGAUCAAGGACGUUGUGGCUUCGCAUACGGAAGGACUCGAUUUCGAAGUGCGCGAGGGGGGUGAAAAUUUCUCUUCGGGGCAACUUCAGCUGCUCUGCAUGGCGCGCGCGAUCCUCCGGAAGUCCUCGAUCGUCGUCCUCGACGAAGCAACCAGUGCUCUCGACGCGGCCACCGAGAAGUCCCUCUUGAAAGCAGUUUCGAUCGCUUUCGAGAACAGAACUGUGAUUGCUAUCGCGCAUCGAGCGACAGCGUUAUUGGAUUGCGAUCGAAUAAUAGUCUUCCACGAGGGUACGAUCGUCGAGGACGGUUCCCCGAUGGAUCUAACGAGGCGACAAGCUGGAUUUUUCGCGAAUAUGCUGAAAUCCACCGAACAGUAUGUUCCUAGGACUGAUUCGAAAAAGAAAAGGGAUUGCUGAAGAAGAUUACGAGUAGCUACCUUUCGACUCGAUUGUGAGAUUUAUUUUUGAUAACGAAAAUAAAUGUGUAAUACACACCAACACGAGUCGUUGAAUUACUUUGUAUAUUGUAGGUGUAUCAAGAGGGUCGUUGAUCGAUCUCCAUGCAUGCAUUUCUUAAACUUUUUUCACACCUUUUUAAGAAACCGAAUUAUUAAACGCCUUCAUCGUGUGCAACACAUGAUUUUAGGAAUGUAAUUUGUCAUUCUUAACGUAAUUUAUUAUAAUA